UCUCGCGGAUACGGACGCUGGGCCUCGCGGCAACAGGAUGGUGUAUACAGACCGAUACGUGAGGUGUAUACAAACAUCUCCCAACUGUACAACAGGACAGGUCUCCUUCAGGGCGAACGUCAGCAGCAGUAACGAAUAUUACUUAGGUGAUCGCGUCACUCUGAUACACCAGCGUUACCUUAAACAAUAGUAACCAUUAGUAGGUUCGUUAUACUAACUUCGGUUCAACUCCAAUGCUCUCUAACUAGCAACCACGGAACACUUCACAGGGCAGCGCUGUGCAUUAUAGUCACUCGACACAUCACGGCCGACAACUUGGGGACACUACGGCUCUGAAGGCGAUGACACGUUUUGAUUGCAAUGUAACUAUGUAAUACUUGUGCCGUUAAAGAAUCUCCACUGUUUUGAAUUAUAUCAGUUCAAAAACAAAAUGUCUAGUUAGCAUCGGGAGAAUACAUAUCUGGGGUUUUUUCGUUUGGAUAUUUAUCAUUAACUGACAAAAUCCGCUUUAAUCAAUCUCUUGGUGUUUAAUAGAUUGAUAAUGGUAAAUGAUUUCGUCAUUUUAUGACUUAUUGUAUUAUUUUUUAAAUAUAUGAAAGUUUUUAAAACAUUAAGGGACAAUUCGAGGAAUAGAAGUCGUUUAACCAACUUUUUCAUUUCAAUAACUGCACAAUACGCUAUUACCGUAGGAUGUGUGUUGGUCAUGCAUUGUGUCUGUAAACAAUAGCCAAGGGACUGUGCAUUCUGUUGGACAAGCAACACUACAUUGUCUGAAGGUUCCAGUUGAUGAAGAUACCCACAAGAAGGUGUGUGUGUUCCACUUCAUUUCUUGUUGGACAUAUGACCCAUGUCGAAUUGAACUUAUAUUUGCGUGACUUCGAUGUACGGCUGUCAUGAUGGUGGACACAGAACAUUGCAUCAUUAUGGUGAUUCUAGGGGUGUUCAGUAUUGUCGGCACCAUCGGAAACUUUCUGGUACUAUACAUUUACACAAGGAAGCGUGACCGGACUACAUCAAACAUAUUCAUCCUGACGCUUGCAGGGACAGAUUUUCUCACGUGCCUCGUUUUGGUACCGUACAAUAUCGUGGCAAUUGGAUUAGACCAUCGACUUGAGAUUGACUUCUUCUGUAAGAUCUACAUGUUCCUUCUGACGUGUAAUGUGCCGUUUUCUGCCUUUAUAAUGGUCGCUAUAGCCUUUGACAGAUAUUUCUGUAUCUGUCAUCCAUUCCUGCACGCCAUCAACAUUCCUCGUGCCAAAGCUAUUGUGUUUCUAAUGGCGGCACUGGCGUGUGUUUUCGGCAUUCUGACGUCCUUGAUGUAUUCUAUUUUUCGCUCUCCACUGUCAGAUGCUACAAAAGGAUCGAACACUACGUGUUUACAUACAGCGCCAUCUAAUGACCAGUCUUACAACACAUCUUUUACAUCUGCUGACCUCUGUGGCGAGGCCAGCAUCACGCCCAAUGAUACAGACGUGGACGGAGAAGAUUUAGAGGGUGUGUGUGGUCCGUUCAACGACAUAUUUGGGACAUACUUCAUAUGGGUGUAUCAGAAAAUAUACGCUGGUUUUUACUUGUUAUCAUUUCUGAUUGUGUUUGUGCUAUAUGGACUCAUAUACCGAGCGAUACACCUUCGGCGAGCUCUAAAGGCGAAACGGAAACGGUCAAGUCUGUUUCCGGCGGCAGCUGAAAUUUCCAUGGCAGAAACACAAAUGACGGCGUUAAAUGGAAAUAAUAUCGACAACUCCGAAUCUUCAGACAAAUGUUUGAAGAAAAAACACACUGGACAGAUGAAAGAUAAAAACUUCUAUGCAAAUAUUCGAACGGCGGCUAUGCUGUUCAUCGUUACUGUUGUGUUUCUGCUGGCGUUCCUUCCGGCAUGGCUUAUGGCUUAUGGCUGGAUACCAUACAGUCCAAUAGUUUUCUACAUGUACUUCCUGUAUAAUGUAGCUAAUCCAGUUAUUUAUGCCUUUAUGAACAUGUCAUUUCGGGCUGAUCUUCGAUCGCUUUUGUGUUCUAGCAGAUAGAACGUGGGACUUCUCUUGAACAUGGCAGUAAUGUAUCGAGAACCUAUUUUUUAAAUAAUAGAAAUUGAUUUGUAAAUAAAUUACUGAU